UCGUCAAGUCGGCAAUCCUUUUCAUGCCAGGUUUACUAUUAGCAUUUUAAAAUGUCAUUUCAGUUUUCAGCUAAAAUAGUAAUGAUGCGUUCGCCCAACACUCCGUUAACCGCGCGCUGUGCUUACUUGCGUGGCCGCAAGCGCAUAUAUCCACAUCCCAUAUCCGAGUUACGUGAUCCGACCAAGAAUGAAAGCUAUGUGGAGGCAUCCGACGUUGAGUCAGGAGACGUCGGCAACUCAACGACUUCAGAGAUCUCGACGGCAUCGGAAUCCCAAGUAACAGACAACAGUGGCAUCGACGUCAACCAAGAAUUUGGAAAGAAGAAACGCUAUUCCCGACGCAAGGCGCACGAAGAUCCUUUCUAGUGGUUUAUUCAAUCGAAUGGUGAACAUAGGUGUGAAGGAACAGCAGCAGCAGUGGCAGCAGGAAAUACUUAAGCGCGAACGAAAUACAAACUACGGAAUAUUGCAAA